CAGGCCCAGGGCCGCACCUGGCAAGGCCUCGCACCAGGGAGGGGCCGGCAGGCCGAGCAGCCCCCGAGCGCGGGCGGCAACGGUACCCUUGCACUCCCCAGGGUGCUACCUCCAAGCACCACCGACGUGAGCCGAGGGGAAAUCGCAGGGCCGGCCCACCCCGGCGAGGGCCCGGCCUCGCUGCCAUGUUCCUGACAGGAAGACGUCCUCGGCCCCCGUGGGGGGCUCCAGGCACACCCGGCGUAAACGGGCUGUCUGCCCGCAGGACCCGUGGCCCUCCAGCUCCUGACCCUCCGACCCAAAAGCGCUGGGCCAGAGCCCCACGUGGGGAGGCCGCGGGCCAGACGGAGAUGCGCCGCCCAGCACGCGGCCCCGGGGUCUGGGGCACUCACGAACCUCGGGCACUUUCCGAGGCUGGGGCCUGGGACCCAGACCCCUAAGCGACCCCAAACAAGGCGGAACCGCGGUCACGCGCGGCAUCUGGGGAGGGCCCCCGCCCAGACGCCAUCGCGGCCCCACCGGCCUCAGCCGAAGCGGGCGCGCGGUGCCCCGCCGCGCUUUCGUCAAGUUGCCGAGCACCUCCGGAGAACAAGAAAACAAUGUGGGUCCCCUGAGCGCGGCCGCUCCGACGGCGGCAACGCGUCGGAAAGCGAAAAGGAAGGCCUACGUAUUUUCCAGCGGCUGAAACGGCUCCUGGCCCUGGCGAAUCUGCCACUACCCUCGCCGGAAGUGCGGCCCUCCUGCCGGAAGUCGAGUUUCCUCCAUUUUGUGGCCCGCCAUGGCGGCGGUGUUAAGGUUGCGGACGGGAUGCGGCGCCUUUGACUGAGGGGGUAGGCCAGGCGAGCCAUCGGGAACGUCGCGCGGAGCAGCAAAGGACCGGCCCGGACGCCGGGGACGCUGUCAUGUACGGCGCGGGCGGGGGCCGCGCCAAGCCCGAGAGGAAAGGCGGCGCGAAGGAGGAGGCCGGGCCCGGUGGCGCCGGCGGCGGGGGCAGCCGAGUGGAGCUGCUGGUGUUCGGCUAUGCCUGCAAGCUGUUCCGGGACGACGAGCGGGCCCUGGCCCAGGAGCAGGGACAGCACCUCAUCCCCUGGAUGGGGGACCACAAGCUCCUGAUCGACAGAUACGAUGGGCGUGGUCACCUGCAUGACCUCUCUGCGUAUGAUGCCGAGUAUGCCACUUGGAACCGAGACUACCAGCUAUCUGAAGAGGAGGCGCGGGUAGAGGCGCUGUGUGAUGAAGAGAGGUAUUUAGCCUUGCAUACGGACUUGCUUGAGGAGGAGGCAAGGCAAGAGGAAGAAUACAAGCGGCUGAGUGAGGCGCUGGCAGAGGAUGGGAGCUACAGUGCCGUGGGUUUCACUUACGGCAGUGACUAUUACGACCCAUCCGAGCCAACGGAGGAGGAGGAGCCUUCAAAACAGAGAGAAAAAAGUGAGUCUGAAAAUUUGGAGGAAAAUGAAGAGCCUUUCAUCGCCCCUCUAGGACUGAACGUUCCAUCUGAUGUGGAAUUGCCACCAACAGCCAAGAUGCAUGCCAUCAUCGAGCGUACAGCCAACUUUGUGUGCAAGCAGGGAGCACAGUUUGAAAUAAUGCUGAAAGCCAAGCAGGCACGGAACUCGCAGUUUGAUUUCCUGCGCUUUGAUCACUACCUCAACCCCUACUACAAAUUCAUCCAGAAAGCUAUGAAGGAGGGGCGGUACACAGUGCUGGCAGAGAACAAGACUGAAGAGAAAAAGAAGUCAGGCACAAACUCUGACAAUGAAGAUGAGGAUGAUGAGGAAGAUGGGAGCUACCUACACCCGUCUCUCUUCGCCUCCAAGAAGAGCAGCCGCCUGGAAGAGCUGAUGAAGCCCUUGAAGGUGGUGGACCCGGAUCACCCCCUGGCAGCCCUGGUCCGAAAAGCACAGGCUGACAGCUCUGCCCCAACCCCAGCUGCAGACGGGGCGCCUGUGCAGCCCUCCCAGGUGGAGUACACAGCAGACUCACCCGUGGCAGCCAUGUACUAUAGCUACUACAUGUUACCCGACGGAACCUACUGCCUGGCACCACCCCCUCCAGGGAUCGACGUGGCCACUUACUAUAGCACCCUUCCUGCUGGGGUGACUGUGUCCAGCUCUCCCAGUGUGACGACAGCUGCCCCGCCGCCUCCUGGGACCACACCACCACCUCCCCCAACCACAACCGAAGCGAGCAGCGGCACCUCCUCCUCCACCACCACAAGUGCACUUGCUCCCGUGGCCGCCAUCAUCCCCCCACCCCCCGACAUUCAGCCUGUGAUUGACAAGCUGGCGGAGUACGUCGCUAGGAAUGGCCUUAAAUUUGAGACCAGCGUUCGUGCCAAGAAUGACCAGAGAUUCGAGUUCCUGCAGCCAUGGCACCAGUACAAUGCCUACUAUGAGUUUAAGAAGCAGUUCUUCCUCCAGAAAGAAGGCGGUGAAGGCACACAGGCUGUGGCAGCCCCAGAAGAGGCCCCUGCAGAAUCUGCUCCUGAAAAGCCAAGCGAGACCGGGGAGGUUGGCGUGCCUGAGGACACAGGCGAGGCAGGGGGACGAAGCUCAGGCGGGAAGAAGGAAGCUUCGUCCAGUAAGAGCGCUGCGGACGGGAAGCUGGUAAAAGCUUCAUUUGCUCCAAUAAGCUUUGCAAUCAAGGCCAAAGAAAAUGAUCUACUUCCCUUGGAAAAAAACCGAGUUAAGCUAGAUGAUGACAGUGACGAUGAUGAUGAAGAAAGCAAAGAAGGCCAAGAAAGUGCUAGUAGUGCCGCCAACGCUAGCCCGGCCGCAGCCCCGCCUUGUGUAGUUGUCGAGGAAAAGAAGCCCCCGCUUACCCAGGAGGAGCUAGAAGCAAAGCAAGCAAAGCAGAAGCUGGAGGACCGCCUUGCUGCUGCUGCCCGGGAGAAACUGGCCCAGGCAUCCAAGGAGUCAAAGGAGAAGCAGCUUCAGGCAGAACGUAAAAGGAAAGCAGCCUUAUUUUUGCAAACUUUAAAAAAUCCUCUGCCAGAAGCAGAAGUUGGAAAGAUUGAGGAGAGUCCUUUCAGUGUAGAGUUUUCGAGCCCACCAGUGCCUGUGGUCCCAGCUACUUGGGAGGCUGAGGCUAGAGGAUCAUUUGAGCCCAGAACUUGGAAAUCAGCCUGGACAACACAGAAUGACUUGUCUCAAAAAAAAAAAAAAAAAGAAUCCCGACAGUUGUGAACUCUUGAUCGUAGAGUUGGACCUGGCUGUAAUAGCACGUCAGCGCCUAUCCACAUCCCCCAGCCACUUACGCAGACACAGCUCUGCUCUCCUGCCGGUGACAAGGGCUACCGAGAGGCCACCGUGGCUGCCUGUUUCCACCUUAACAGGGAAGGACAACCAUCUCUUUAGAAUAAGUAGACCCUCAGCUGGGCCGCAGCUCGCAUCGUGAAGGUCUCAUUUCAGACCAACCCCUCCUUUCAGUGGAGCCGCAGCCUCAGUGGGACAGAGGUUGGCAGGCUGCGGUCAAGCAGCUCGUGCCCCUGCCCUACCCACCUGGUGUGAGGGCAGAGGGUGAGGAGUGACGUGCUUCACUCUGGGAAGCCCCAUCCGUCCUUUCAGAAUGGCCUUUGGCACAUGUUAGUAGGCUCUAGGAAGCCUCGGGUGCCGUCAGGGUUAGUGGGGGCUCGCACAUCUCAUGCAGGGUGCACUCCUUGCGCUCUGAGACUGCUGGCCUUUCUGAAGGGCACAGAGCUAAUUUUUCUGGCAGUCCAGCAUCCGCGAGCUGUCCCACACCCAGCCUGCCUCCCCCUUGCUCACCUUGAGAGGUACUGCACUCCGCCUGUUCACCAUGCUGUGCCUCUGCACACGGGGACACAGGUGAAGCUGCAAAGUGGCUGCCUGUGAUUUAAAACAUCAUUUAUUAGUGUGUGCAGUGGAAUGUUUACAUAUUAAACUCUUGUAACAGUGAGAUAGUUUUAUACUAAACCUGAAAAAAAAUAUUAUUCUAAUAGAAUUUGAGUGAGAAAGACGUUUUUGACAAGAACUGGCCCACGUUGAAAUGGGUUCCCUUGAGAAAUGGUCCCUGGAGAUAUUAGGAAAUUCCUUAAUAUCUGGGCAUGGUGGCCACUCCAUGAUCCCAGAGAAGGAGGCUGAGACAAGAAGCUUACAGGUUCCCAGGCCAGCCUCAGAGACUUAGAAAGAGUCUAUCUCAAAAUGAAAAACUGGGGAUGUAGCCGAGUGGUGGGGCACCCUGGGUCCAUCCCCAGUACCAAAAAAAAAAAAAAAAAUAGCAAACCUGGUAGAGGUAGGAGAGGGAAAAUACUGGGGAGUGAAAUUGAUCAGAUUAUCAUGUUCAUGUGCCUGUCUGAAUGUAGCAUGAUGAACCCCACUAAUGUGCUCCAACGACAAACAAAUCUAAGAGAAAUAAGCCUGCACAUAAACAUAGACGCGGAAGCCACCUUGCAGAUGGGGGUGCGGGGCCAUCUGAAGCCUGCGCUCCACAGCUCCGGUGACUGAGUUCCUUUAAUGAGAACGGACUGCGGAUAACAGCUCCCUGGGACUCCAGCCCAUGUGCUGCCACUGCUGCCUUGGGAGCCUCUGCUUAGUGUGCAGGCGUGUAGAGAUGCACACCGGGUGUAGGCAGCAGGGAGGCUGGAGGGUCUCACAUCUUGAAGCAGCCAGCUCCAGUGGCCGUUGGAUCCUAGACAGCUACCUGCCCCACAGAGCACCCCUGACUGGCUCCUCCUCUCAGAGCUGCAAUGAGAAGCAAGCUCUGGAAGUGGCCUGUGAGAGGCCCACCCAUCUGCCCUUGUCAGGUGGUCUCCAGGGAGGACAGCCACUCACCAGGCAGAUUCCCAAAUGCCAAGCCAGCUGCUGACAGUGCCUCUGUUGAGGGCCCCUGUGGUGUCCGGGGACACGUUCCACAAGCCUCACAGUAGAAUUCCAAGUGAGAAGUUUUUAGAGGCUUCAACAUUUGGUCAGAAUCUGCUUCCAGCUGAGCUGUGGCCUGAAAGUGCAGCUGCCCCUCUGGGGAGGCAGCUGCCCUACAUCUGGGUGCCGUGCUCCUGCUGUGAGGCUCCCUGCAGUGCAGUGAGACUUGUGCACCCUGGAGCAUGCCUCUGUCACCCAAAGUUUUCCUGCACUCCAAGAGGUACCUCCUCCUCUGGUUAAGACUUGCAAAAAAGUUGCAUUCGGAUGUAUGAAAACCCUCGUAUUGGAGAUUUACAGAAUCUGUUUUAGUGGAAAGUCAUUGAAUAGCAAAUACAGAAUUUUUAACAUAGUGAACUUCAAUACUGUGGUGGGGAGUUACUGUGCAGGAAGAGCCUCUGGGGUCCGUGUGCCCUUUCGGUAUAAGGUGUGUGCUGUGGUCCUCCUGAGGGCAGGGCUCUCAGAGAGGCAGUACUUCCUGAGAGUGCAAGGCAUCUGCGUGUGAGGGACCCAAAGCUGCUCUUGUGUGGUCUGUGUU